UCAAGUCUCUUUCUCUGACAGUUACGACUUGGGAAGUCAUCGUACGUGACAACGUUUUUCAAUCACAACUAAGAGCAUCAGGACAUUGCCACUGAUCUUUUGUCCCCCCAACCCAUCUUUUCCCAAAAUCGUCAUUCCUUUUUUCCCCCCAGUCAAAUUUUUCUGAAGAAAUGAUUUAAGAACUAACAGUUAUGGACGAGGAUCCAGCUCAUAAGAUGUCAAAUUCUGACAUGGACAGUUUCCUCACUCGAAUAGGAGAUGUCACAAUUGAGCGUGUUAAUCCUGGCGGAAGUUUAAAAGACUCUGAAGAGCAGUCUGAAGCCCCGGUUGUGUUGCCUGUCUCAAAUUCCUCGCCAGCUGAUCCUCCUGCAAAGGAGGAAAGCUCUGAGGAAUCAGGUGGUGAGUCUUCUGAUGGUGAACAAGAAAAAAGGCACAAUCUCUUCCCUGAGGAUGAAAUGGAGCACAUACAAUCCGAGGGAUCAGGAGAUGAUAUGGACCUCGAUGAAACCAUUGACAGCCAGAUUGGUGUCAGACUGGAUCCUGAAAAGCAACAUUCUUUGUGUCAGGAUGAAGAUAUUGAGCCAGUUAACAUUUUGGAUAGUUUACCACUAGAAGGAGCGCCAAUAGAGGGACAGGAAGUGACAGAGGCAGAUCUUCUCGGUAAAUCAGUGUCAAAAGAAAUGGAUGAGGAAGAAAUUGACGAAGAUGAUAUUGAUAAGAUAGAAGGUAUUGUGGACAAUGACGAAGAAGGGGGCAAGAGACUGUGCGAUCCAGAUGAUAUCGAUUCUGCAUUGAAGAAACAGAAACAAGGUGAUCAGAGUGAUAGUUCAGGUACAGAGUGUGAAACAAAAGUUGAGAAAAAAAUUUCAAACAUGAGACGCAACAUCAGGGAAGUCAUGGAUGAGAAUCAGCUGGACGAAGCAACACUUGCUGCCCAAAGACAGGAGAUGGAACGACUUAGACGAGUCCAGGAGCAGCAAAGAAUCAUUCGAGAAGUGCAACGGCAGAUAGCCAUCAACAGACAAAACAGCAAGACUCAAACUCGUGUAAUAAGUUUGUUGCAAGGGAAACAAGGCCAAAGUGGAACUACUAUAUCCCCAUCUCCAUCAUCUCAGGUGCGACUGCCAAAUACUGUUCUUCUUAAGGUAAAUUCUGGUCCCGGAUCAGGGUCGGGCUCCAGUUCAGGAUCAGGAACCCAUAAUUCGGCAGCAGUCCAAGUUUCACAGCAGCAGCCACAGCACCAACAACAAUAUCAACAGCAACAACCACAACAACAACAACAACUGCUACUACAACAGCAACAUAAAAAGGCUCUUGAAGCUGCACGCUGGCAAAAGGGAAGAAAUUCCAUGCCUGGCAUUCAGACGUCCAUUUCCAAGGUAGCAAACCGCUCAAGUAGUACAAACUUACUACAGCAGAGGAUUCGGAUGAUGACGCCGUCUGUGAGCAUCUCUCCAGUUGUCCCAAAAAAAGAACCAAUUGAUAGGUCUGAUUACUGUUCUGAAUCAGAAAUGUCUGAACCAGAGACAGACGAGGUACUGCAGGAAAAACAGCUGCAUACACUGAGAAAAGUUUCUGGAAUGCCUUGGAUCCAGAAACCUGCGAAAGGUAAAGAUGUUGUGACAAUAUCAAGCUCCAGUGAAAGCUCCGAUGAUGAUUGUAUUGUACUAAGUGAUCCAAGUGGUGGGGAGGAGACUGACAAUGAAGAUGACCCCUCAAAUUCUGGAAUGCAUACCAAUGAUCGUUACAAUGUCCCUGACGAGCACGGCAGAGUUUUAGUUAAUGUUGGUCACCCUGAAACUGAGCCGGAUGUAUUUCUUGCUCCUCAAGUUGCACGUAUCAUUAAACCACAUCAGAUUGGAGGAAUAAGAUUUCUGUAUGACAACAUUGUGGAAAGUAUUGAGAGGUACAAGACGAGCUCUGGAUUUGGAUGUAUACUUGCUCAUAGUAUGGGGCUUGGAAAAACUCUCCAAGUGGCGAGCUUUUGUGACGUUUUCUUUAGAUGCACAACAGCAAAAACUGUGCUCUGCAUAAUGCCCAUUAACACACUGCAGAAUUGGCUUGCAGAAUUCAAUAUGUGGCUCCCAUAUGAGGCUUCUUUCUCCUCGGAUAAUCAGACCACACAAAAGACUGAUCCACAGGUCGAUGUAAAACCAGAAAUGAAAGAAGAGAAUGGAGCACAGACUGAUCCAACACGUUUAUCUGGCAUGCAGGUGAAUAAUGACUUUGUUCCAAGGAUGCCUCAAGACAAUUCCUGUUCUCAACCUAUUUUGGAUGGCCAAGCUCCUCACCAAGGCAAUUCCUAUAAUAUGCAAUGCAGAGCUCAAGAAAAUAUCCACAAGGACUCUAGCAGUGAGCAGAAUUUUCAUACAAGUCAACACUACCACAAUGAUAUGUCCAUGAAUAUCAUGUAUGGUGCCCAUCCUGCACCACCUCCACCUACUUUUGAUCAAGAUGUCCCUAAACCUGAGCUUGAUUGCCAAGGUAUGAUGAAAAGUAUUCCACCACCUAGCUCCAUGUAUCCAGGCAACUAUCCAUGUAAUGUGAUGGGAGCUGAUAGAGAAAUCAAACAGGAAUUUGGACAGCCUGUAGACAUUGGAUUGAAAAUGGAAAGUGCUGUCAUGGGGGGUGUGGAAAGUUUCAAAAAAGAAGAGGAAGGUGGAAUGCUGAAAGAUCCAGCAGCAGAAUCUCCUGAAAAAAAAGAACUCGAUAAAGUGAAAACGCCGUACUGCGUAGAUUCUCCAAUUGGGCUAGAGCUCAGACCACGACAUUUUCAGUUGCACAUUCUGAACGAUUCUCAUAAAAGCAUGGCUGCAAGAGCACGGGUCAUUCAAGACUGGAAAAGAAGAGGAGGGGUGCUCUUAAUUGGUUAUGAAUUGUACCGACAGCUAUCCCUCAAAAAGCCAAACAAGGCAAAAAGAAAACGUGGACAAGCUUUUAAAGACAUGGUUGACGUGGAGGAGGAUGACAAAAAUAAGGGACUUCUCGAUGACAUGCACUCUGCUUUGGUUAGUCCUGGUCCCGAUCUUGUCAUCUGUGAUGAAGGACACCGCAUAAAAAACUCACAUGCCAGUAUCAGCCUUGCCCUGAAGCAAAUGCGCACUAAACGUAGAAUCGUUCUAACUGGAUAUCCCCUUCAAAAUAAUCUCCUUGAAUACUGGUGCAUGGUGGACUUUGUCAGACCAAAUUAUCUUGGUACUAAAAGUGAGUUCUGCAACAUGUUCGAACGGCCGAUACAGAAUGGACAGUGUAUAGAUUCUACACCGCAGGAUAUAAGGCUGAUGCGUUACAGGGCUCAUGUUCUGCAUGCGCUUUUGGAGGGUUUUGUUCAGCGAAGAUCACAUUCGGUGCUCCAAGUUUCUCUACCUCGUAAGGAGGAGUAUAUUCUACUUGUCAGGAUGACCCCACACCAGCGUAAACUUUAUGACACGUUUAUGACACAAGUGGUUAAAACACGAGCUGUUCCAAAUCCUCUAAAGGCAUUUGCUGUGUGUUGCAAAAUAUGGAAUCACCCUGAUGUUUUGUAUCACUUUUUGAAGAAGCGGCAGGCUAAUGAGGAGGACGAUUUGGAUUUGGAGGAAACAAUGGGGGAAAAACCAACUCCAGGAACAAAACGUACCAAGGCAAGACAGCCAAAAGGUGAAUCCAAAAAGGGAAAGAAAGCAAACAACAAUGCAACAGUCAAGAACAAGCCAGCAGCGAGCGUGCAACCAAAUUCCUCGUCUUCCUCUAGUAAUGACAACCCUGAUGGUGAAAAUAGACACCAAAAUCCCAACCCUGCUGGUAACUAUCAAAAUUACCCUAUGCAGCAACCACAAAAUACUGCAUACUCGAAUCCCACAAUGCCUAACACCUACCCACAGGGAUACUCCAGAAAUGCUGAGUAUGAUUGUAGGCAAGGACAAAACUAUCGACCAAAUGAUCAGAAUAACUAUUAUCGAGGGACAAACAACACUCAGCAAGGAGAAUAUGGCGAAUUUUAUGGUAACCAGGGACAGCAACGAUAUACAAAUCCCUCAUUCCAAUCCUUUCCUCAAGGUUCUGGGUACAACCAUCCUCAAGGAUACCAGAACCAGUCUCAAAACUACUCUUCAAAUACCGAUCAGGUCCCUGGAAGUCAGAUGCAGAACUACAACCCUUCAAGUUCACAUAACUCUGAUUAUCGUUCGGAUCAAAACUCUACCGCAAAUCCUUACAAUGCCUCUGGCUUAUACCAGGCACAGUGCUACCCAUACCAGGAUCAGAACCGUAGCUAUGCAGCAACCCCAAACAUCGGAUCAAAUUAUUCACAGGUUGGAAAUCAUGGACAAAAUUAUCAAAACCAACCACCUAGUCAAACGGCCAACUUGUCAACGAUCCAGGAAUAUCCAUCAUACCCGACAGCAAAUGCUGUGCAAGGAUACACACCUGCAUCUAAUCCAGUGAAUCAACAAAUUUACCCACGUGGUGGUACGUCUGCGGGCCAAAAUUUUCCAGCCCCGACGCAAAGCCAGACGCAAAAUUAUCCGCCAAAUCAACAGAGUCAGAAUUCAUCAAAUCAGAGUGGCCAGAUAUUUCCACGUACGGACAAUCAAUCCCAGAAUUUUGUACGACCACAAAAUCAGGUUCAGUCUCACGAUUACAGCGGUGAUCAACAAAAUCGAACACCAAAUCCUGCAUCUAAUCAACCAUCGAAUAUAGCACAGCCACAAAGUGUAACAAAUUAUUCCACUGGGAAUGCGCAUGGGAAUCAAGUUACACAGUUUAAAUCUGAGGAUCCUUACUGGCAACAGAAUAAUUAUAAUCAGCAAAAUUAUCGGCAGAAUACUAGCAGUGAUCCUUAUUACACUGGAAAUGUCGCUAGCCGAUAUCAGAAUAACUAUUAUCCAGCACAAGGUUUUCAAAAUCAACGUUAUGAGUACAAUCAAACCUCAGGUAUUGAUAGCGCAGGGAAUAAUGAUGGAAAGUCGGCUGGCCGUUCUGUGCGAAACCCUGGUCAGGAACAGUCCAAAGGUGGCUACGAAGAAGACUGUAAGGACGCUAGUACUCUUGCCCCCCAAAAUCAAGCACGGGCUAUUGCUCCUAGUUCCCAGAGUUACACAACAGAACUAACUCGCAGGGAAUCAAGUGUAUCAUCAUCACAACUCCACGGUAAUGAUCGUAAUGUUGGUCAUGGGCUCACUACUCCCAACAUCCAUAAUACACGGCAAAUAGAUCCCGGCAAAGAAGAAGAUCGUGAUGAUUUGCUGGAUAAAGAUAGAGAAGAUAAAUCAGAUGAUGAAAUUCUGAACAAGGAUGAGGAUAAAGACCUAAAGAGUUCACCUGGGGGUAAAGAAGACCCGGGAAUUCCUUAUGAUUGGGCAACAGAGCUCAUGAAAGGUUAUAUCCCAGGGCUUAUCGAUGCUUCAGCCAAAAUGUCGAUUUUCUUCUGCAUCCUAGAGGAAGCAGUGCGCUUAGGAGAUCGGAUUUUAGCGUUCUCGCAGUCGCUCUUCACCCUGAAUUUGGUAGAGGAUUUCCUGGCUAGAAAUAGCUUGAAACAUGAUGACGGGCGUACCGAAGACUGGGCGAAAAAUGUGAAUUAUUAUCGACUUGAUGGAAGCACCAGUGCAUUGGAAAGAGAAAAACUAAUUAACGAAUUCAAUGCCAACUCGAAGAUUCACCUAUUUCUGGUAUCAACGCGAGCUGGCUCCCUCGGUAUCAAUCUUGUUGGCGCCAAUCGAGCGAUUGUCUUUGAUGCCUCCUGGAAUCCCUGUCACGACACACAGGCUGUAUGCAGGGUCUACAGGUAUGGACAAACAAAGCCCUGCUUUGUGUACAGGUUGGUGACUGACAAUUGCCUGGAAAGAAAAAUAUACGAUCGCCAAAUAAGCAAGCAGGGAAUGGCUGAUCGGGUCGUGGAUCAGUGUAACCCAGAUGCCCAUCUCUCAUUGAAAGAGGCAGCGACGUUAUCUUGGGACUGGGAGGAGGAUAGUCAGGUCCAGGACUUUUCUCAAACAAAAGAUGGCUACGCUGAUCCUGUGAUGCACAGUCUUUUAGAAAGGCACUCCUCCCUUCUGACAAAGCAACCUUUUAGGCAUGAGAGUCUUCUCGUGGAUAGAAAAGAUAAAAAGCUGAGUCAAGCUGAAAAAAGAUUGGCACGACGUGGCUACGAACUUGAGAAAAUGGCAGCCAACUGCUCUAGGCCAAGCUAUAAUUACGUACCUGGAAACACAGCGAGCAGAGCAGGUGGACUACAGAUUCGAGCAAUAAGAGGGGGAGAUGCAGGAGGAACUCCAAAGCCUGUUGCCUCUGUAAGACCGAUGCAACAACGUGGUGCAGAAGGUCUUGGAACUACCCGAACAGUCGGUGGAAGUAGAUGGAUUCCAGCAGAAGUCUGGCAAAGACAGGGAAUGAGCGCACAGGAGAUGACGCUCCCUUUGGAUGUUGUAAUCCCAACGAAUUCACCAGACAAAGGCAGUAUAGUAUUAAAGGCUGGACAACGCGUCAUGGUUCUUAAAAGUCCCAAGGGCAUUUACAUGCAACUUGAGUCUGGGAAAAUUAUCGCUAUCAGAACUGCUCUUAAGUUAAAUCAGCAAAAACGGGAUGAAGAGCCUAAAAAAGGUCUUUCGUCGUUUUCGCAAAGAAAACAGAGUGCAGAAGUUGGUUUUCCAUUGAGAAACAAUUCCGCAAUAUCGAUCAUUCCAAAAUCAUCAACCUCUCCUGGCAUUGGUCGACCGCCACUUAGCAAGUCUGUCAGUGGUGUUGGUUUUAAGCCAUUCUCUGAUAAAGAACCAACGAGAAGACCUAGGCCUGUCGUAACAGCGACAGCUAAGCCAUAUUCCAGCCAAGUAAACAUUACCAAUCAGGUGUCUUUAUCUCGGCUCCCUAGAGUGAAACAAGAACCGAUGGAUUCGUCCUCUCUUGGUGAUAAUUCUAACUCCUCCGACAGUCAGCUCAGGACAGAGCAAAGGGUAGAGGAAGUGAGGCUGGAAGAUGUCGUUGCUGAGGCUGGAUCAAACUCAGAGUACACAAGGACAGACUCGAACCGGUCUUCUAAUGCAGACUCCGACCCCACACCCCAGAAGCCCUCAGAGGAAAAAGAGAGUCGGACUGAAUCAUACGCGUCUGAUAAUAACCAGGACGCACAGACUAUGCCUGGCCAGCAAAAUGAAAUUCAAGAAGUCCCAUCACCAUCCCACGAACAAAUUUGUCAACCGCCGCCAGCUGCAGAGCUAGCAAAACCCUCAUUGAAAAAUUAUAGACACAAUUUUCCAAGCCAUAAGCCGCAGAUGGACACCUCAAAUAACGACGACGUUAUUCUGGAAGAUCCAACGCCUGUGCAGCCAGCCUUAGAGCCUGCAAUAAAUGUGAACGAAUCCGCAAGUGCGUCAACAACGCAAAGAAUGGAUCUCAUAUCACCAAAAGCUCCAGAAACUGCCCCCCAAGUUUAUCCCUACUCUCAGUAUUCUGGGUAUUACGACUAUUCGGAUCCCAGAGCUCGUUCGCUACCAUCACCGUACGGAGCAUAUCUUCCCCCUGUCACAUCUCAAACUGGAGGGCUUAGGCCUCCUCUAGAUCCAGCAAAAGAGACGAGGAUUGAAUCUGAAAAGCCAAAAGAAACCAUGAACGUCACAACCCCGUCAAACGCCUACCAGCAGCCAUCACCCUCAAUUGUCAAUGCAAGAUCUAUGGAGGAUACUAAUAAGGCAAGCAGCAAGGCAAAGGCACCUAUGACCGAAGCGCGACCUAGGGAAGAGACCCAUGCUCCCACAGCGUUUAGUCAUUCGACGAAUACCAGAUAUCCAGCACCUUAUCCCCCUGGGCCCUAUGAUGCUUAUUCGCAACAUUAUCCGGCCACCCCUGGAUCAUCGACAGCGUAUACAGCUGGUGCAGCUCCUGGAUACCCUGCAUUUGGGGGGCCCACGUACGACGCGGAGUAUGCCCGGGUCUAUUCAGCGUUUCAUGGUCCGCCCUCGGCAGCUGACCCCUACAUGCACCGGGCCUAUCCACCUCCUCCCACUCAUCCAACUAAUUAUUACCCUCCUUUUCCUCACCCACCACCACCGCCAUACCCGAAUUACUCUUUUUUGCCCCCAUAUCCAAACCCAAACUUGCCCGGCGAGCCCCAACCCCCUGCACAGUAGAUUAAUUUACUAGUAUUAAGUCGAGAAAAACUUUAUGAGAAUUUAUAAAUCAAGAAUGCCAAUGAAUAUCUUUGAAUGAUCUUCGAACCUGACGAAGCUACCCAUGCAUGCAUGUCCUGCCGUUCUGAGAACAUAAAUAUUAUGAGCCCGUGUUUUUUCAUGGGCGUAUUGGCUGUAAAUCGGAAUAACAAAUAGAAUGAGGAAAUCAAGGAUGGCCAAAUUCUCCGAUCCUAGAGGACAAAUCUUGAUGCUAAUCAAAUUGUACAGAUGCUCUUGCCAAUGGUAGUCUGAAAGAAAUUUGCUCGACACUCUGAAGUUGUGGGCUAAGGGUACCUUGGAUUUUUAGAAAUUCUAUUUAUAAUAAUCAAUGACCUCUGAUGGAGAAAAGAAACGCGAAUAAAUGAAUUUUAAAAAACUUGAGGCCUCGGAGGCAAUACCCUUUACUUGUUUGCUAGUGGAAAAAACAUUCCAAUAGAAUAAAGCAGCGUUUUUUUUUGUGUCUGUAUUGUCAGUGACUCACACCAAAUAUGUACCAUCCGGCAAACAUGGGUCCUGCAUUUCCAGAUUUACAAGAAAGAAAUCUCGUGUCGUCGAUUUCAAUUGCCCUGGCUUGGGAAGCUGGUGCAAUUUGAAAGCAUUAUACGUACAGUAUUGACUCGAUUAUUUGACAGCCAGUGAAUGAAUUAUGGCGUCGUUAGCAAGUUGUACAUGACUACGUAUUAUUACCAAUCGUUACAAUUUCUUAAAAAAAAAAUGAUGAAAAAAAAUAAUCUUACUGUAGCACGUAGGAUCGUUGUUAAUUAGAAUUGUCCUAUUACUAAUAACUAUUUCGGGACUUAGUUAAAGAAUAUUAUAGUCGAAUUAUCACAAUAUAUGUAUAUCUAUUUAUAUAUAUACAACAAUAUAUAUAUAAAUAUAUAUAGUAUAUAAAAAUAUAAAUACUGAAUCCACGGUGCAUUCCAUGAUUUCUACGUAGAGUUGCAAGACGAAAAAGAAUUCUGGCAUUAGUGUUGCUCUGCUGUGUCAGAUCGAAUCAUUGUUAGCAGAACUGCUAGGAAAGGUGAUACGAUUGAGUUGUAUAAUAAGAAUGAUGCCAUUGUUGCGCUGCUUCGAAAUGAUUGACUGCACUACAGGAUAGACAUUACAAAAGAUUACAAAGAAUUACUUUGUCUCUGUUAUAGCUUUUUUGCCACUUACAUGUUUGUAAAUACCCAUUAUUUACAUUUCAUACUUUAUUUAUUAUUAUACAUCGUCGUUUAUUAUUGCUUUUUUGAUGUCAGAGUAUUUGCUCUUAUGUAAAAUAAAUUGUUUAUGCUCAUUAAUUAUUGUUUUAGUUGCAUUGUUAUACAGAGAACUCGAACAUACAUAUUUUUUAUUUUGACUGUACGAAAACAUUUAAUCAUGCCAGACCAAUAAAUUAGUUCUUAUUACGAACCUGCGCAUGUAAAUGCUUAGUACAAUAAACUGUCACUUUAAACCAUGA